AUGAUAGACGAACUGACUAACUACCCGUACACAGCAACAAUGCCGGGCCUUCUGGUGACAGUAGUGCGAGCCUCGUUGGCUUGCUCCAGUGAGUUCCCAAGGCAGAUCGCGACGCGAGCAGAUUACUAUGCGACACACUACGCGAGAGUCGCUGCUAACCCAGCGAGAGAAGUCAGCCACUGGAUGGUCCUCGCAAAGUACUUUCACGAUUCAGCGUAGCCAUUUAGGAGAACAAAUGUACAAUGUAGCAACUAUUCAGUGAACGCAAAUCAGCCUUUCUGUCUAAAAGCAUAUCACAUGCGCACGGUCAUCACCUACCAAAUCCAACAGGUUCUACACAACCUCCUUACUGCGAAUCUGCCUCCUUUGGGCGAUCAUUCACUAUGUGGCACCGUCUGACGUGUCCCUCGUUGCCGCCGCGUUAGUAUAUGGGAACUGCCAGCUAGCAGAAGUAUGCAGAGUCCAUGCGCGUAUCAUGGCUCUAGGGUACAGGGCACUUCGCCAAGGGAAUAAUGAAUCACGUGGCGAUGAGCUAGCAAUGGAAGAAUGAAGAUGAGCUAAAACUCACGAAGCAUAAAUACUGUGCACGAAAGAACAUGCUCAUACAAAAUAUUGACUGCUGAAGCACUGUCGCUUGUAUAACCAGAACAAUGCACGUCAAUAAUAACCACUGACGCAGCAGCUAUUAUAGACCAU